AUGUCGAAGAGUAGACAACGAACGACAGCUGGAUCUACUAAUAUAGUAACAGAAUAUAAUUUGGAAGAAAUGAUCGAAUAUCUACGACGGAAUCUGAAUGCAGCAUUUGAUGUUCAUAAACAUCUUACUCAGAUUACACAACCUCAGCAUCUUAAUUUUAAUGCUCCUAUCGAAUCGCCCACACCUCAAACAUCAAAACGCAACCUAGAUACAAGUGAUAAUAAUGGUAUACAAGUAUUGAAACAGCAACGUAUAUUGUCAAACGAAAAACAAAAAAACACGGAUCGUAUAAAUUUAUCGAUAGCUACAAAUGCAGCACAUGUACCAGGUAAUAAUCUAGUAUUAUGUCAAUGGUAA